AUGACGUGGAUGGCUGCGGUCCAGAGCAGGCAGACUGCAGCUCCGUCAUCAGAAGUACCCCACGGGGCUGCUGUGCCCCAGGUGGAGCUGGCUGCACAGCUGGCCCUGACUCUGCCCACACUUGGAGGCGCCUGGGCCGGGCGCGGCCGCCUCCGCGCCUGCUGGGCCCGCCGCGACCCGCGCCUGGCCCGCGCCUUCCGCGCCGCCUGCGCCCGCCGCCCGCCCGCCGCCCCCGGGGCCGCGCUGCGCCGGGACCUGGCCGCGCUCUGGCGGCGCCGCGCCGCCUGCGCCGACCCCGCGCCGCCGGGAGGGCGCCGGCGCCGCCGGCGGGGCUGGACGCUGCCGGGCACGCUGUGGUGCGGGGCCGGCGACUCGGCGGGGGACGCCAGCGAGCUGGGUCUCUUCCGCGGCCCUGACCGGUGCUGCCGGGAGCACGACCGGUGCUGGGCGCAGAUCACGGCGCUUCAGUUCAACUACGGCAUCCGCAACUACCGCCUGCACACCGUUUCCCACUGCGACUGCGACGCCCGGUUCCGGCAGUGCCUGCUGGCGCUCAACGACACCAUCUCCCACAUCAUCGGCGUCACCUUCUUUAACCUGCUGGAGGUGCCCUGCUUCGUGCUGGAGGAGAGCGAGGAGUGCGUGCAGUGGCACUGGUGGGGAGGGUGCCAGCGUUACGGUGUAGUACCCCUGGCUCGGAUGGUGCAGCAGAGUCAGUACCGCUACGGCCUGCCCGCGGAGACCGGCCGCCCUGCUGUGCAGCCCCCGAGCAAGAGAAAGAAGGCCUCUAGAGCAGGGUGCCGGCGGCUCCGGCAGGGACUGGAGCGAAAUCCCAGGCUCUGUCAGGCACGGAGACCUGUGACAGCCCAGCAGGCGCAGGGCCCAGGUGCCUUGUCCCCUGUGUCUGCCGGGGGCAGGGCUGAACCCACAACCAGGCACUUGGCAGCGCAGCGGGGGCUGGAGCCCGGCCACCCGACAGCAAUGACGGUGUUGGGACAGGACCUUGCUGGAGAAAGGCGAGUGCCGGGAGAAGCAGAGCAAAGACCAGGGGGCUCAGCAGACCCUGCCUGCACAGCCUGCCCCCAGGAUGGCAGUGUUGGAUCCAGCCCGGCUGCGGAACGGUGCGGAGCCACCCCAGUGCCUGCCAGAGGGGGUGGCAGGCCACGGGGCCCAGGCAGGGUGUGCAGGUACUACAAGAACCUGGAUAAGUGCAAGUACCAGAUUGCACCCCGUGAGGUGAAGUACCAGCUGCACAACGUGGACACCCGGACGCUCUUCCACUGCAACUGCACUUGGAGGCUGGCCCGGUCCCUGCGCAGGGCGAGGAACCUGAGUGAUGUGGAGGUGGCUGUCCUGGCUGACUGCAUUGCCAUGGACUGCUUUGUGCUGGAGCCGCCCACUGACUGCAGCCCCGGCGAGGGGUCACAGCACAACUGUAUGGCAGCAACCCAGGCUGUGCUGGUACCUGCACAGCAUCUCAAAAAGACCCUGAGGCACUGGGGUCCUCCCCAUGUGACCUCCAAGGCCCAGUGUCCAGACUGGAAGACACAGGACAGCGGUGGCACCUUCUACACGCGAUGCCUACAGCUGGCCUUGGAGCAGAAGCCAGAUGCUUGGCACCACACAGUGCCCUGAUGAUGCCUGAGAAGCGCUGCCUUGUGUGGGGAAGACGUGGAGCUGCUUGAUUUCUGAUCCUUGAAGCAAAGGAUGGCACCAAGUAGGGCUGCUGGCAUGAUUGCAUGGAGCUGGAGGGCCACAGCUGGAAUGGAGGCAGGCAGAGAGGGACUAACAAGCCUCUCAAGGAGCUGUGGCUGCUAUUGAUGAGCAUCCAAGGAAGAGGAGGGCUCGGGCAAGGGGAAACCCACCAGCUUUGUGCCCUGGAGCAGGGGCAAUGCUCUAGGCAUUGGAUUCCCCAGGCAGGGGGGAUGGCAGGGCCCCCCACCCAUGGAUUUAUGCCCUUUCAGCUGGGGGGGGCCUGAGCAGUGUGGGGUGAUCCUGAACCCCUCCCCCAGACAGGGGGGGUGGGAGAGGGUACGAGGAGGGGUCUGUGCUGGUUCCCAGCCAUGGAGCAAGGUGUGUGUGGUGGUGGGGGGCUCUGCCCUGGGGAGGGGUCAGUCCCUGUGCGUACCAAAAGAUAAAUAAAGGGUGAUCUGAGCGUG